AUGGGGUCCGACGACUAUGCUGCUGUUGGUGGCGGCGGCGCCUUGAAACUCAAAGGCGCCAAAAUCAACAAGAAAAAGAAGAAGCGCGACAAGACCGAUCUAGAGAAGAACCUCGAUACAGGAAGCAAGGACGAAGAGAAGAGGAAAAGGAAGAAGAAGGACACAUCGGAUAACGAAGACGAUGAGCGCCACCACGAAGAUUUCGAGGAGAAGCCGGAAGUGCAGAAAACAGAGUCCCAGAAGCGUCACGAGGAGAUCAAGAAGAAGAGGCUCCUCCAACUCGCUGAAUCAUCUGGCUCGCGACCUGAGCUCCUCAAGACCCACAAGGAGCGUGUUGAGGAACUUAACACAUACUUGUCAAAACUGAGCGAGCACCACGAUAUGCCCAGGAUUGGACCUGGCUAG